CUAUCCCCCCACCCCCCCACCCCCGCGUUGAGCCCGAGAUCUAUAAAAGGUCUCGCGCCUGGCGUCCCCUCGCAGUUGCUCAGGAGCUCCCUUGGCAUCAACCACCAGCUGGAGGUGGGCGACGAUCGGCCACACUAGAGGCGCCCGGAGCAGACAUGGACAUGUCAGAAGAAGCAGCUGGCCAAUCUAAGAUCCAGGAUGAUGAUUGUUGCAUUCUUACUGUGGACUCAAGCAGUGAUGAAGAGUUUGAGGCCUUUGGAACCAAAAAGAAGGAGCAGAAAAGGAACUUUAGCUAUGUGGUGAUUGACUCUGACUCUGAAGACGAAUACUUCAGUGAUAAGGUCAGAGCUCACAUAUCUGACAUCAGCAGCGAAGAUGAGAUUCUGGAUGUGUUAUCAGACACCGAGGAGCAGCCUGCCACCAAGGAGCAGCCAAUAGUUAUUACCGAUGAUGACAGUGAUUUUGAGGGCCCUGUGCUCAUAAUAGACGAGGAUUCGUAUGAUCAGGGCCAAACUGCCUCAGAGGAAAAAGAGAUGGAGGUCUUCAAUGUCUCCCAAAGCGGUUCCUCUAAUGAUGCUGGGGAGCUGAAUCGUGGUGAAAAUCUGGGCCAGCCACCACGCGGUGCCGAAGCCGAGGUAGAGAUUACAGAUGACAAGCCCGCACCUGUGGUGGAGCAGCCACGGAAGAGGAAGAGUAAGACCAAGAAUAUAUGUGUGACACCCGCUGUGAGAGUCUCCAAAAGACGUGCGCCUACAAAGAAGAAGCCCGGUGCAGGAAAAAUUGAAAAACGCACGCCCGGGAAAGCGACAUGCAAAAUACCUGGAUGUUUCCUGCGUGACCUGGAAAACGCGAAGCAGUAUUCUGGAAGGAAAUUCAAGCAAAAUAAGGAUAGCCUGGUUCAGAAAAUCUACACCCUGUUUAACAGUUCGGUGUUUAAUAAAAAGCUACCAGAGAAAAUUGAUAUUGGCUGGAAUAAAAAGAUGCUGAGGACCGCUGGCUUAUGCACCACGGGUGAGACCCGUUACCCUAAGAAGCAGCGUUACGCGAAGAUCGAGAUUUCCCUGAAAGUCUGCGACUCCGCAGACCGUCUCCGGGACACUUUGAUCCAUGAGAUAUGCCACGCAGCCUCCUGGUUGCUUGACGGCAUCCGUGACUCUCAUGGGGACGCAUGGAAGUAUUAUGCCAAGAAAUCGAACAUGGUGCACCCGGAGCUGCCCAUGGUUACCCGCUGCCAUAACUAUAAGAUUAACUACAGGAUCCAUUAUGAAUGUACUCGGUGCAAAACCAGGGUUGGCCGCUAUACCAGAUCCUUGAACACCGAUCGCUUUAUCUGUGCCCAGUGCAAGGGGCCUCUGGUCAUGUUGCCGCUAACUCGCAAGGAUGGAACCCCCAUUGCGCCCCAUGUGAGGCCCUUUGCUAAGUACGUGCAGGAGAAUUAUAGAACGAUUAAGCAUGAGACGGAAGGGAUAAGCCAUGGGGAUGUGAUGAGGCGGCUGAGCAAGGAUUAUGCCGAUAAGCGAAGGCAGGAUCAUUGAAGUUGUCUGGGGGCGCAUUUCUGUAGGCUGAGCCCCCCCCCUUAACUGCUAAGAAGUUUUAGAAAAAUAUCUGUUUCUGAUAAGUGGUGAAUAUUAGGAAUAUUAGGAUUUAAACCAUUUCUUUAUAGCCUCAUAGUGUUAAUGAUGAAUUGUUCUUAGGCAAGGAUUCUGCUACUAAGCAAUUUUGUGCCCUUGAGGUACUCAUAAGCCCUUUGGAUCAGAUCCACUCUGGGUAUUACUCUUAACAUAGUUUUAACAUGUAGAACACAAUUCAGACACAAACUGCAUUUUCAAGAGGGGCAGGUGGAGAGAAGGAGAAGGAUGCUGGAGGUGAUCGAGUUUUAAAGGCCGCGCUCCAAGACCAGGGCUGCUGGCAGGUAGAACAUGUUAUACUUAAAUAGACAUAAAAGACAAGCAUAUUUCAUGAAUUCAGUUGCUCUUGACAUUGAAUAAGCCUGUGCUGAGCCAAUAUAAUUGUUAUUAAGACAAAAAAAUAAAUAAAAUGUUUCCUGAAAUUUGCUU